GUUCCCUUCUCCAUCAAUGAAUUAUCUAGAUUAAAUCCGCCGCCGUGUUUCGCAUAGAUUACUGCACACAAUCCUACACCCCACGAUCUGCUUGCCUUCCAUCUGCGAGCCUCUUUCCACUAACUUGGGUUCCCAUUACCAAGAACAUGGCAUCACCUCCUGCUGCCUUCUCGCCUGCGGGCUCUCCUCCCUAUCCGUCACAUUCGCAGCUUCCAUCCAAGAAGCGCUCGUCCAACGCAACUGAGCUGUCUGUCAAUCCGUCGCUGAAACGAAGAAAGCCCUCCGCCAUGUCCGCUACCUCGAGCGCAUCCGCCCACCCGCUCCGACAGACAUCUUUCCCCCCGGAUGAGUCGCAAGGCCAAGCCUUCUCACCAACCUUCAAGCGAUCCCCCAGUGCUGACACCAUGAGCCUCGUUAGUGGUAGUCAGGUGAGCGGCGCGCCUCUUAAGAAGAAGCGCGGACGCAAGUCAAAAGCCGAACAACGAGCCCGCGAAGCUGCAGACGAGGCUGCCAGAGGAGCCGCGUCGAGUGUCGCAGGUGGUCCGGCAGCUAGCAUCGCCAGUGGUCCAGGAGGCGCUGGUGGCGCCUCCAAACAAGGAGCUGAUGAUGAUGGUGAGGGCGGCGGAGAUUCCUUCGAGAUACCGGAGAAUAUGGCUAGUAAGGCUGCCAUCCGCACCAAGGAACAGGUUCAGAAGGAGGAGGAUCUCCGUGCAUUGCUCAAGCAGCGAUUCAGCGAUGAGCAGUUUCAUCGAUACGAAGUUUGGCACAAGCAGACGCUCACGAUCGGAGCACUUCGUAGGUACAUCAACUCCAUCACCUCACAAUCCGUCACACCCUCCAUUCCGCAGGCCAUGCAAGUCGUCUGCAAACUUUUCCUGGGUGACAUAGUGGAGGAGGCUCGCCGCGUCCAGCAGGAGUGGAUCGCCGCAGGCGAGAAGCAGGUUCCGGGGAAUGAAGAGGAGAAAAUCCUGAAUGAGGUUCCCAAACACCGACGCCAGGCCCCCUUGCGUCCCGAUCACUUGCAGGAGGCCUAUCGACGAUGGAAAAGAUCCAGUGAGGCUGGUGGAUCUGGUGGCAGCUUGAUGCUGUGGCAUCAGCAGACGCGCAACGGUGCUGAGAGAUUUGCGCCGAGGGCCGGCGGGAAGCGAUUUUUCACAUGAAAUGCUGUAGGAUUGAAGCUCUUAAUUUCGACUUGUGGUUUUGAUUUGAUAUUACGCAUUAGAUUAGGUGUUCGGCCUCUUGGGAGCCCCGGAUAGCAUUAUGAUACCCACGCGGCAAGGAUAGUACAAGAUGAUUUAACGCUACGUCAUGCGGCAAUGUCUCAGAAGAAUAUUCUUCCAUGACGCUAAGGAGUUCAAUCCAAAGUAAAUAUACACCCAAUGUGACCACGUCAAUAAGUAGCCAAACCUGAAUCAUGGUUUGAAUUUAACUGGCAAACGGAGUGCGACAUCUCGG